GCUCUCGGGAUGUAUAGGCGUUCCGCAGGCUCCCGAUGGUUUAUUGUUUUAUUAGUUACCUUACUCAUCUUUUUCGAACCCAAAUGAUGAAGUAAAACCGGUUCUGUUCCUUAUUUUGGCGUAAGGAGUCGCAGCCUGGCAGCAUGGCUGGCUGGACACUGAAGCUCAAGUGGUCAGAUCACCUGAACUCUGCCUGGCUGGCUGAGCGGCCAGAGGAGCUGUGCCAGCGUGAUGUCACUGAGCAGCUGUAUACCCGGCUGCUGGAGACCAAGGAGGUGGUGCCGCAGCACGACUCGUUCCCCAUGCUGCCGGGCGCCAAGCUGCCGGACUUCGAGUCGGACAGCGGCGCGGCCGGCGCCGACCACGAGGCGUUCGUCAACAGCCUGCUGACGCUGCAGCUGAGCCUGGCCGCCGCCGAGGUGGCCGAGGCGCCGUUCUCGGCGGUGCUCCGCCGCCGGCUGGUCGUCCUGCGACGCAUUUUCCACGCGCUCUCUGCCAAAUAUCACGAUGCCGGCCAGGCGGGCUCGCUGGCGCAGAGUCGCCGCGGCUCAGAGCGGGCCGGCGCCGAGGGCGAGGCUGAUGACAGCGGCGGCUGCGGCGGCGGCGGCGGACACUCGGCCCUCAUCGCCAUGAGCGUCAAGACCGGGCUGACGCUGGUCUUCGCGCUUCUCCGCCAGAGCUGGGCACAGCAGAGCGGUGCCGCGAUCGGCACCGACGUGCUGCAGACGGCGCUGGACACAGUGGGCGCGCUGCCGCCGCUCUCGCUGGCCAGCGACGCCAAGCUCUCCCCGAUCGGACGGCAGAGCCUGGCUGAUGUUUCGCGCUUCCUCCGCUCCGUGGCGCUGCCGUCGUCCACCGCCGACGCCCAGGGCCGGCUGCUGGCCUCCCAGCUGCUGCUGGGCCUGGCUGUUCAGCGGGGCUCGCUUCGUCACCUGCUGGACUGGCUGGACAUGGCGUUGGCCGCCUCCACCGAGGCCGCCCAGCGGCCCGACGUCAGCCGGCCGGUGCUCUCGGCCGAGUACCUGGGCCGCAUGCUGCGCGUGCUGGGCGGCCGAGACACGACCGGCGACGGUCCGCCGGAUCGGGAGGUGCCGCUGCUGGACGCUGCCAUGUGCCUGCUGCUGAGACUGGUGGUGAUGGCCCGCCGCGGUCUGAGCCCGCAUGUACCGCGCCCGGCAGAGGAGCACGUGGCGCCGAGCGACGGCGCCCAGUGUCCACCGCGGGCCGACAGCUGGGCCGUGUACGUGUGGGGCAGCAACUCCUCGUGCCAGCUGUCGGAGCCCAGCCAGGACAAAAUCCUCGCCGCCCGGCUCGCCCCUGCCUUCGAGAACGUCCAGCAGAUGGAGGCCGGCCAGUACUGCUCGUUCACGGUUCACGCCGACGGCACGGUGUCGGCGUGCGGCAAGGGCUCGUACGGCCGGCUCGGACUGGGAGACUCGGCCAACCAGCCGCUGCCACGGAGAGUGUCGCUGGACCCGCCGUGCCGGGCGGUGGCCAGCAGCAAAGGCAGCGACGGGCACACACUGGCCGUCGCCACCGACGGACGCGUCUACAGCUGGGGAGACGGCGACUACGGCAAGCUGGGACACGGCAACACGGUCACGCAGAAGUACCCGCGGCGCGUGGACGGCCCGCUGGCGGGCAAGACCGUGACGACCGUGUCGGCCGGCUACAGACACUCGGCCUGCGUCACCGCGGACGGUCGACUCUACACCUGGGGAGAGGGCGAGCACGGCCGCCUGGGUCACGGCGACAACAACAGCCGUAACGUGCCGACGCUGGUGUCCGAGCUGAGCGCCGUCGGCCAGGUGGACUGCGGCUCGGCCCACACGCUGGCCGUCUCCGCCGACGGACGCACCGUCUGGUCGUUCGGCUCAGGCGACAACGGCCGGCUGGGCCACGGCGACCUGGCGCGCCAGUUUCGGCCCAAAGUGAUCGAGGCGUUCUCCGGCCUCACGGUGGUCAAGGUGGCGGCCGGCAACCAGUGCUCCCUGGCCCUGACGUCGCAGGCGGCACCGGGCGAGGAGGCGGGCCCGCUGCGGCUCUGGUCGUGGGGCGGCGGCGUCUGCCUGGGCCAGGGCUCGCCGGACGUGGCGUGCCUGCGCCCCGCCCUGGUCGAGGUGCUGGCCGAGCUGCGCGUCACGGACGUCUCGCUGGGCGACUCGCACUGUCUGGCGCUGACCCAGGACCACGAGGUGUUCGCCUGGGGCAACAACUCGAUGGGGCAGUGCGGGCUGGGCCACACCAACACGCCCGUCUGGCGGCCACGCAAGGUGCUCGGUUUGGAGGAGGUGGCCGUGCGUCAGGUGUCGGCCGGCACCAGCCACAGCUGCGCCUGGACCGCGCCGCCCCGCGACAGACAGGCGUACGCGCUCAGCCGACCGUACUGCGUCAGUCUGGACGAGACCACCCUGGGCCUGAUGCACUCGCUGCUGGAGCGCUACUGCACCGGCCUGGAGUCGGACCGGCCGCCGCUGCCCUUCGGCUCCCAGCAGCUGCACCUGCAGUUUCUGCAGGCGUUGCUGGGCCUGCUGCGGACGCACCUGUCGCUGGCCAUCCGUAGCGGGCUGGACGCCGGCGUGACCGGCGGACAGGCGCGCAGUCUGCGCACGCUCCUCUUCAGACUGAUCGACACCAGCCUGCCGAGCUGCCUCCAGACGGCCGUGCUGGAGGCGCUCAAGAUCGGCGCCCCGCUGCUGCUGCCGCCCCUCCGCGAGCGCAUGGAGAUCCUGCACUCGCUGCUGCCGCAGGGGCCCGACUGCGCCUCCAGACUGAGCGACGGACAGGAGCUGCAGCUGAGCAUGAUCCUGACGUCGCUGGAGGAGCACACCCAGGUGGCGGCGCUGCUCGGCUACGGGCCAGCCCACGGCACCGCCGCCGACCCGGCCGUCGCCCUCCUGCUCAUGAAGACGCUGCUCAGGAACGUGGGCUUCGACACGGAGCGGCGGCUGGUGUCUGUGGAGAGGUCGGCGCCGGGCGAGGUGGCGGCCGAGGCGCCCACCGACCAUUCGCCGCACUUGUGCGCGCUGCUCAUGUCCCUGCAGAGCCACCUGCUGGCCUUCUGCUACACGGCCUCCUGCAACGUCGACAGCGCCGAGUACAAGAGCAGCCUGGGCCUGCUGCAGAGCCACCUGUCGCUGCUGUUCCCGCUGGCGCGCGAGGCGGCCACACACGCGCUGGCCGUGCUCGCGCUCCGACCCAGCUUGGCCGCGCCCGUCAGAGAGGUGCUGCUGCUCUCCUCGUGCGGCGCCAUGCUCUCCAAGGUGGUGCACGCUCUGCUGUUGCUGCCCGUCAGCCUGAUCUGCUCACUGCUGGGCCACCUGACGGCGCUGCUGCCAUCUAUCGACGGCCUGGUGAGGCUCACCACCGAACAGCUGGCCGACCCGGCAGAGCAGUGGCAGUGGCUGUCGGACGCGGAGCAGGCCUGCGCUCUGCUGGUGGGCCGCUGCGUGGGCGGUCUGUUGGCCGGACCGCCGCCGCUGCCCGAGGAGGCCGAGACCGCCCUGACGGCCGAGGUCAGCCUCACGCGGCUCAACCGGCUGCUUGACACCGUCGCCUGGUGGAGCGACGCCCAGCGGCUGGGCCUGGCCGCCGCCGUCGGCUUCGACAAGCAGGAGUACGUGUACGAGGAGCUGUACGAGUACGGCGUGUCUGAGGGACUGGAGCCGGCUCCUGACGAGCUGCCGCGCCAGGCCGAGCUCGUCUGCCGCCUGCUGCUCGUCACGCUGCUCAAGCACACCGGCUGCGACGCCGCCACCGUUCAGCAGGCGCGCCGUGGCGACAUGGACAUGAUCUACGAGACGGUGUACCGCGUGCGACACGAGCUGCUGGGCCAGUUCACGGCGGAGAGCGCGUCUCCGCGGACCGGCCUCGCCUCCUCGGACGAGGACGAGCGCUCGGCCGAGCAACCCCGCUUCCCGGCCGUGUGCACGUCCGUGGCGCGCGCCUGCCUCUUCCUCUGCCUGGCCGUGGUCGGCCCCGGCAAGCUCGAUCCAGACGCCCUGCGGGACCAGUGCGCCGAGGUGCUCAAGUUCGUCUGCCACGACUGGGCCAACCGGCGGCUGUCGUACGAGCAGUUCGUGGCCGGCUGCUUCGGCCUGUCGGCCGUCUCCGCCGAGCCGCCGCGCAGCCGCGUCCGCUUCUACACGGACGACGUGGCCACCAGCGGCUGCGCGCUCCGGCAGCGCAUCCACACCGUGCUGGCCGACAUCUACCGGCUGCUGGUGGCCGGCCUGUUCCGACACCAGGAUCGCGGCGCUGCCACGUGCGCCGUGUUGCCAGAGGUGCGCUACCGGCUGGAGCUGCUGGGGCCGCUGGCCGCCGCCAGCAUGCGCUUCCUGCAGGUGCUAGCCAUCAUCGCCGGCGUGUACGCCGAGAGUCUGCCGGCGUCCACCUGCGACGAGAUCACGGAGCUGCUGCGCCGCCAGCUGGCGCGCUUGCUGGACGCCUGCUCGCGGCCCGAGCUAGAGUCGGACGUCAUCACCACGCUGUGCGACGUCGGCCAGCAGCCGGCCGCCGGCAGCGAGGACACGCCCCAACAGGGCGCCGCCGCCAAGCACGCCAGGGCCGCUGCGACCUCUGCCUCCGAGUCUACCCUGGACUCGGUUACCGCCAGCUCCAACGGCGAGGAUUCCGAACUGCCUUCAGACGCCGCCGGCAAGGUAGGUCCGCACCACAGCCAAUCCGAGGACUCGGGACUAAUGACAUCAGCGGACGAGAGCGAGAGCGUCGACCAGCCUCCAGACGCCGCCGUCAAGGGCUCCUCCCGCCCCCCGGUCUGGCAGUCGCGUCGGCUGACCAGCACGGCCCGGGCAGCCGAGAGCUCGCUGGGGGACCUGCUCGUGUUCGUGCGCCACGUGGCCAGCACGGCCUCGGUGCGCCGCCGCAUGACCUCGCACGCCUGGACCGGCCUGCUGCUGCGCAUCUGUGGCCAGGUGCCCGAGCCCGGGACCCGGAGGAUUCAGGCGCUGCGGCCUCGGCUCCUGGCCCUGCAGCUGCUGGGCACUGUGCUGCCAUCUCUCGACACAAAAGAGGACCGCGCCUACGCCGCACAGCUGGCGUCCGAGCUGUUCCACCAGCUGUCGGACAGCCUGUGGGUGAUCCCGCGCGCCGUGGCGCGGCUGGUGGCCGCCCGCCGCGAGCGCGACCUCCGUCGCCGCCUGCUGCGGCUCAGCAGCCCAGAGUGGUCGGUGGAGGCGGACGCCGCCGAGAACAGCGUGCCGGUGCACGAGGCCGGCUUCGACUCGGACCGCUGCCUCUACUGCACCGUGGAGAACGGCCAGACGCUGGUGCACUCACAGGGCGGCAAGGGCUACGGGCUCGGCACGACCGGCAUCAAGUCAGGCUGCUACCAGUGGAAGUUCCUGAUCGUGCGAGAGACCCGCGGCAACGAGGGCACGUGCGUGGGCGUGGCGCGCGUGCCCAUCCGGGACUACAGUCACCGCACCACCAGCGACAUGUGGCUAUACCGGGCCUACAGCGGCAACGUCUACCACGGCGGCGAGCUGGCCUCCAGCCUGCCAUCCUUCACGCAGGGCGACUACAUCACCUGCGUGCUGGACAUGGACAGCAGGUCACUCAGCUUCGGCAAGAACGGCGACGAGCCGCGCGUCGCGUUCGAGGACAUCGACGCGGCCGAGCUGUUCCCCUGCGUCAUGUUCUACAGCACCAACCCCGGCGAGAAGGUGAAGAUGACGGACAUGCAGCUGCGGGGCUCGCCCCGGGACCUGCUGGCCGGGGAGCCGCUGUGCGCGCCGGCCGCCGCCGUCCUGCUGGAGGCGCACGUGGCGCUCAUCCGCACGCUGCACAGCACGCCCGCCUGGACGGAACACGUGAACAAAUGCCUGCUGCGCCGACUCUCCCGGAUCAAGGAGCUGAUGCCUACAGCCGACAAGGAUGGUGACAGCCCCGACACGGCGGCGGAGACGUCGCCGAGCGGCGCCGAGGAGGCGCGCCACUCGCUCUCGUCCGAGUCGGAGCGGCGCCGGCCGGCCGAGGUCGGCAUGAUGCCCAUCGAGGAGGAGGCGGCCGAGGUGCUGCCGGCGCUGGCCGUCAUGGCAGGCGUGGACCGGGGCCUGCGCGUGGGCGGCGUCUGCCUGCACCGCUCCUCCGCGCGGCGGGCCGUGCUGCUCGGCAUGCUGAAGCAGGGCGUGUCGUCGGUCCGACUGCAGUGGGAGGACGGCGAGGCCACCGUCAGUGACGCGGCAGUCAGCAGCCUGCAGCCGUGCGAGCCGCCGCCGUUCGUCGUCUCCAGACUAGGCGCCCUGUCGGCUGGCGUCAUCCGCCAGCUGUCCCGGCUCUCCGGCAUCACCGACGAGGUGGACCUGAUGACUGCGGCGGCCGGUGAGGCGCCGGUGCGGCAGUCGCACAGCCUCGUCACCAUGGAGGCGCUCACCGACGAGCUCGUGGCCAACAUUAUGGGCGAGCUGGCCAGCGAGGAGCUGAUGGUGCGCGGCGCGCUGCUGCAGACGGAGAGCCAGAUCGCCGCCCUGCUCAGCGCCCGGCCUGCCAGCCGGUACUCGGUGCUGCGGGUAAGGCCGCCGGACUGUUCGCCGUUCGAGUACCUGGCCAGGGCCCGUGGCAUGUCCCACCGGAGCGACAAUCAGAGCAGCGCCUCAUCCCAAGCCAGUGCCGGGCGCGCGCCGCCCUCCUGCGGCGCCGACACGCACUGGGACUGGUCGCCGAGCCCGCCCACCUCCUGGCCCUACCUGUGCGAGUGCCACAGUGGCAGCGGCGGCCUGUCGCCGACGGAGCCGACCGAUCUGCUGUCGGCACUGGAGGUGCUGGUGGAGCGGGCCGCCGCCGAGGGGCUCGGACAUCGGACGCAGUCGGACUCUGACGAGGCGGCGCUAGAGCUGUGCGAGGUGUGCAGCGCGCUCGUGUUCGACCUGGCGCGUCACCAGCGCUCCACCCACCCGGGCUGCUCGCGGCCCUGGCGGAGCUCUCGCUGCGGCGCCCUGCUCGAGCGUCAGCUGGCCGACGCCCUCAGCGCCUGCGUGCUGUCGGUGCGCGCGGCGGCGCCGCUCCGCACCUGGGCCACGCAGCAGCUGGUGCGCUGUCUGGCCGUGUGCCAGUCGCCGCUGCCGUCGCCGGAGCGGGAGGCGCUCUGCGACCUGGGCGGCUGCAUGCCUCGGCUGCGCUCGCACCAGUCGCAGGCGCACGACGGCCGCGUGACCCAGCUGUGCUGGAGCCCGCGCCGGAGCCGGCUAGCCACCUGCGGCUGUGACGGCACGGUGCGGCUGUGGUCACUGGGUGCCGCCGGCGCGCCGGUGCUGGAGCAGACGCUGGUGUUCCACCUCUCGCCGAGCGUGUACGGCGCCGAGCUGCAGAACCCGGUGCUGGGCCACCUGUGCUGGGGCGACGCCGGCGCGCUGGUGGCCGUCUGCAUGGAGAGCACGCUCAACGUGUGGACAGUGCCCGACGCACAGCUGUUCAUCUCGGAGGAGGCCGGCUGGAUCACGGCGCUGGCUUGGCCGGAGCCGGCCACCGACAUGCCCAACUUCCAGGGCCGGCCGCGCCGGGCGCCGGCCGACGCGACCGCCGACGUCGAGUUCGAUCGCACCGAGCUCCAGCACUGCGGCAGGAGACAGGUGUCGGUGACGCACAUCAGCUGGAUGUACCGCGAGCGGCGCUUCGCGGUCGGCUUCGCGGACGGCUCGGUGCAGCUGGCCUCGGUCAGCCCGAGCGGGGACACCGUCACGAUCCGUGGCGUGGCCAUGGGCCUGCUGUCCAGCCUGGCGCUGUCUGAUUCGGCCCUACUGCUCGCCGCCGCUGCUGACCAGGCGUACGUCAACAUGUACGUGCUGGCGGGCGGCCGCAAGUGGGAGAUGAUGGAGCCGCUGCCGCUGGAGGCGCCGCCGCUUACACUCUGCUGGCAGAAGCCCGGCUCGCCGGCCAUGCGCGGCGUGGAGGUGCUGCUGGCGGGCGGCGUGGACGGCGUCAGCUCGCUCUGGGCGAUGUCGCCCACCACCGGCGGCGGCCACUGGACGGUGCGGCACGUGCUCACGCUGCACGGCCAUCCAAGCUACCCGGUGACGGCGCUGGCGCUGCACCCGACCGGCCUGUACAUGGCCACAGGCUGCUUCAAGGGCAUGAUCGGCCUGGUGAACGUGUGGUCGCUGGUGGACGGUGCGCUGCUGCAGACGCGCGUCGGCGCCGGUGGCGUCCACUCCCUCACCUGGACCGACGGCUACAACCUGGCCGCCACCUUUGCGCGCUCCAAGGACCUGAUCACGCUGAGCGCCGAGGAGGCCGAGCUGCGACGGCUGCAGCCGCUGGCCACCGCCAGGGCGGCGCUGCUGUCGCGCGGCGUGGUCGGCCUGCACCAGAUGCCGUGCCUGCGGCUGCUGCUAGUGCUGCUGCCGCAGCUGGUGGCGCAGCAGUACACCUUCGAGAAGCCCACCGUGAUGACCGGCGACCAGCUGGUGCACAGCGGCUACCUGCAGGCGCUGGCCUCGCUGGCGCUGGGGCUGCGGCUGGACCGCGUGCUCUGCUACCAGCCGGUGCCGGCCUACGGCUCCCAGCAGCAGAGAGUGCCGGAGUGGACGUGGCUGCUCAACUAUUGCCGGGCGGCGCACGUGGCGCAGGCCCUGCUGACCCGGCAGCCGCUGCCAGCGUCCUUCUUGCCCGCCGAGGAGUCUGACGACGAUGAGUCGGAGGAGGAGGACGAGGACGAGGACGACUCGUCGGAUCCGCCGGCGGCCGACAACAGCCGCUGGAGCGUGGCGCAGGACGGCGAGCUGAUGACCUGGGCCACGCUGCACCCGCACGACUGGCAGCUGGGCGGCGGCUGUAGCGCCUACCUCUGGGGCUCCGGCCGACACGGACAGCUGGGCGAGAGCCGGUCGAGCUUCUCGCCGACGCGCGCCGACUCGUUCGGCCUGGCGCAGACGGUGGUGUGCGGCCAGAACUGCACGUUCGUGAUCCAGGCCAACGGCACGGUGCUGGCGUGCGGCGAGGGCAGCUACGGCCGCUUGGGCCAGGGCAACAGUGACGACUUGCACGUGCUCACCGUGGUUAGCGGGCUGCAGGGGUUCGUGAUCGUGCAGCUGUCGACGUCGGUCGGCUCCGACGGCCACUCGCUGGCGCUGGCCGAGUCUGGAGAGGUGUUCUCCUGGGGCGACGGCGACUACGGCAAGCUGGGACACGGCAACUCGGACCGGCAGCGGCGGCCCCGCCAGAUCGAGGCCCUGCAGGGCGAGGAGGUGGUCCAGGUGGCGUGCGGCUUCAAGCACUCGGCCGUGGUGACCGUGGACGGUCAGCUGUUCACGUUCGGCAACGGCGACUACGGCCGGCUCGGCCUGGGCAGCACCGACAACAAGAAGCUGCCCGAGCGCGUCACCGCCCUGGAGGGCAAGCGGGUCGGCCAGGUGGCCUGCGGCCUGAACCACACGCUCGCUGUGUCGGCCGACGGCGCCAGCGUCUGGUCGUUCGGCGACGGCGACCACGGCAAGCUGGGCCUGGGCAGCACCGCCUCCAAGCCCACCCCGCAGCUGGUGGAUGCGCUGUCUGGGCUGGGCGUCAAGAAGGUGCUGUGCGGCAGCCAGUUCUCCGUGUUCCUGACCCAGGCCGGUCAGCUGUACAGCUGCGGCAUUGACCGGCUCAUCGGCCAGCCCGACUGCAGGCUGCGCGGCCACACGCGGCCGCAGCAGGUGGUCGCUCUGCGGGACCGCGUGCUGGUGGACGUGGCGGUGGGCGCCGAACACACCCUGGUGCUGACGGCCGAGGGUGACGUGUUCGCAUGGGGCACCAACAACGACGGUCAGCUGGGGCUGGGUCACACGGCCGGCGUGCGCGAGCCGCAGCUGGUGACUGCGCUCAGCGGCAAGCUCGUCCGACAGAUCUCCGCCGGCCGGUGCCACAGCGCCGCGUGGACGGCGCCGGCCGGCAGCCGCCGCUGUCCGGGUGUCUCGUGCGGCCCCAGCUUGGGCGUGCCGGCGGCCGUGCCGCCCCAGUUCGGCCGGCUGCAGGGCCUGGCGCCGGCGGCGCUGCGUCGCCGCCUCCUCCUGCUGCACCGCUACUCGGACCUGGUGUACGCCAGCUGGCGGCUGCUGCCGCUCAUACAGCAGCCGAGUGACCAGCUGACGCCGGGCCUGUCGGCGGUGACAUCGGCCGAGCUGCGGCCGCUGCUGGCGCCACGCGUCUACACCCUGCCGCUGGUGCGCAGUCUGGGCAGGACCAUGGUCCAGGGCAAGAACUACGGCCCGCAGAUCACGGUCAAGCGGCUGGCGGUGCGCAGCCGCGCCUGCAAGCCCAUCUUCCUGCAGAUCGCGCGCCAGGUGGUGCGCCUGCGGCCGGCCGAGCUCCGGCUGCCCAGCCGCGCCUGGAAGGUGAAGCUGAUUGGGGAGGGCGCGGACGACGCGGGCGGCGUGUUCGACGACACCAUCACGGAGAUGUGCGUCGAGCUGACGUCGGGUGCGGUGCCGCUGCUGGUGCCGACGCCGAACGCUGUGGCCGACACCGGCUGCCACCGUGACCGGUUUCUGCUCAACCCAGAGCUGACGGCGCCCCACCAGCUCAGUCUGUUCAAGUUCCUCGGGAUCCUGCUGGGCGUGGCGAUCCGCACCAAGAAGCCACUGGCCGUGCCGCUGGCGCCGUUCGUCUGGAAGCUGCUGGCUAACAUGAACCUGAGUCUGGACGACCUGGAGGAAACAGACUCUCUCUUCACGCAGAGUCUGCGUUACGUCCGCGAACUGAGCGCUGACAUACCCGAGGAGACGCUGCACGAGGUGCUGCCAGUGGACACGUUCGAGGCGCCGUCCUGCACGGGCCGCCUGGUGCCGGUGGUGGCCGGCGGUCGCACGCUGCGAGUCACCGCCGCCACCCGGCUGGAGUACGUCCGGCAGGCGGUGCGCUACCGGUUGCACGAGAUGGACCUCCAGGUGGCGGCCGUGCGGGACGGCAUGGCCGGGGUGGUGCCGGUGCCGCUGCUGUCGCUCAUCACGGCCCAGCACCUGGAGCAGCUGGUCUGCGGCCUGCCCACCAUCUCGGUGCCGCUGCUCAAGACGAUCGUUAGGUAUCGGGAGCUGGACGAACAGCAUCAGCUGGCGCGCUGGCUCUGGGCCGUGCUGGAGAGCUUCACCGACUCGGAGCGCGUGCUGUUCAUGCGGUUCGUGUCGGGCCGCUCCCGUCUGCCAGCCAACCUGGCCGACCUCUCGCAGCGCUUCCAGGUGAUGAAGGUGGACAAGCCCACGGACGGGCUGCCGACGGCGCAGACCUGCUUCUUUCAGCUCAGGCUUCCCCAGUACUCUAGUCAGGAGAUGCUCGCGGAGCGGCUUCGCUACGCCAUCAACAACUGUCGGUUCAUCGACAUGGAUAGCUACAUGUUGGCGAGAAACACGGACGGCGGCACGAUGUCUGACGACGAGAUCAUGUAGCUGAACUGCGCUGCGCCAGUAAUAGAUGGCAGCACUCCGGCCGGCCCAGCGUGGCAUCGCGAUUCUCGCAGGGAAAUUCAGCACUCAAAAGUCAUCGUGCCGAUGUGUGAGAUUUGUGAGCUGCAAAAUUACGAUUUCUUGGUGUCCGCCGGGAACUGUGCUUUGUGCUGUGGUUAAGACCGGGCGUGCGCUAACUGCCAUCCCGUGCGCCCCCACAGCCCGUAUAUUGUUCGCAGAUACAGGUGCGAUCGUGAUACUUGUUUUACAGACGCUUAUUGCUAGACAUCUCGCAUCCUGGUUACGAAAUGGCAGCUCUCUUUCACUUGACUUGAUCACAGAGCUCUUCAUUGCUACGAAAUGAGUCCAAUUUGCGUUGCGAAGUUAAUGCGACCACUAUUUGUACGCGUGUUCACGCUGAUAAUGUUUUCAAAUGGACGCGUUUUUUAAACAAAUUGCAUCGUUCCGUGUUGUUAAGCGACUUCAGCCUGUUGGUGUGAAUAACGUGAGCGUGUUGACGUGACUUUAGUUUAUGAUAACGCCUGCGUUUGUUAUCUUCAUUGGUGUUUAAGUGGUAAUUCGUCCAUUGAAAUUGCAAACGACUGCGAUCCAGAAUUAUUGCAUGAAUGAUAUUUUGGGAUAGGCCCCCGAAAAUAUACUUUAAAUAACA